CUGCAAACCGGUGCCACCUUUCCUCGUAGCUUAUUUAAGUCCCUAGGUCUUCCCCCUUAUUCGAUCUACCCUCUCUCACACCAUGGUUCUCUCCAAAACUGCAUCAGAGUCGGAUGUUUCCGUCCACUCAACCUUUGCCUCUCGAUAUGUUCGAACAUCGCUUCCUAGGUUCAGAAUGCCGGAGAACUCGAUCCCCAAGGAGGCGGCGUACCAGAUCAUCAACGACGAGCUCAUGUUGGACGGGAACCCGAGGCUGAACCUUGCUUCGUUCGUGACCACCUGGAUGGAGCCGGAGUGUGAUAAGCUCAUGAUGGCUUCCAUCAACAAGAACUACGUCGACAUGGACGAGUACCCUGUCACCACCGAGCUCCAGAACCGGUGUGUUAACAUGAUUGCGCAUCUCUUUAAUGCCCCACUGGAAGAAUCCGAGCCUGCGGUUGGAGUGGGGACGGUGGGGUCGUCGGAGGCCAUAAUGUUGGCUGGGCUAGCAUUCAAGAGGAAGUGGCAGAACAAGAGGAAAGCAGAGGGUAAACCCCAUGACAAACCCAACAUUGUCACCGGAGCCAAUGUUCAGGUAUGUUGGGAGAAGUUUGCAAGAUACUUCGAGGUAGAGUUGAAGGAGGUGAAGCUGAGGGAAGACUACUUUGUGAUGGACCCGGAGAAGGCAGUAGAGAUGGUAGACGAAAACACUAUUUGUGUCGCUGCCAUCCUUGGUUCCACUCUCAACGGUGAGUUUGAAGAUGUGAAGCUCCUAAACGAUCUCUUGGCUGAGAAGAACAGCAAAACUGGAUGGGAUACUCCGAUCCAUGUGGAUGCGGCGAGCGGUGGAUUCAUUGCACCGUUUCUCUACCCGGAGCUUGAGUGGGAUUUCCGCUUGAAACUGGUGAAGAGCAUCAAUGUCAGUGGCCACAAGUAUGGACUUGUCUAUGCCGGGAUUGGGUGGGUCAUUUGGAGGAGCAAAGAGGAUUUGCCUGAAGAACUCAUCUUUCAUAUCAAUUAUCUUGGAGCUGACCAACCCACCUUCACCCUCAACUUUUCCAAAGGCUCUAGUCAAGUUAUUGCUCAGUACUAUCAACUAAUUCGCCUGGGUUUUGAGGGAUACAGGAAUAUCAUGGAGAAUUGUCGAGAAAACAUGCAGGUACUCAAAGAAGGAUUGGAGAAUACAGGGCGCUUUAACAUAGUCUCAAAAGACAAUGGUGUGCCAUUGGUGGCAUUCUCUCUAAAAGACAGCAGACGCCAUGAUGAGUUUGAGGUGUCCGACUAUUUGCGGCGCUUUGGGUGGAUAGUGCCUGCUUACACCAUGCCACCGGACGCCCAACAUGUGACGGUGCUCCGUGUUGUCAUAAGGGAAGACUUUUCGCGCACUCUUGCUGAGCGCCUGGUGGUUGACAUCCGGAAAGUGCUGCAUGAACUUGACGGCCUUCCUGCCAAGAUCACCCCGAAGACAGCAGUUGAUGGUGGAGAGGCUGGCAAAAGUGUCACUGUGGUGUCAAAGAAGAGUGAUAUAGAGACGCAGAGGGAGAUCACUACGGUUUGGAGGAAGUUUGUAUUGGAGAGGAAGAAGAUGAACGGUGUUUGUUAGAGCUUGAAGUUGAAUUGACGACGACGUAUUGGAGUUGGUGAUCAUCCUCUUUCUUUUUCAUUAAGUGGACGAAGUUAUUAAGCAUACUUUCGUUUGAGCUUGGUAAUGCUUACUCAGCUGACUCUAUUAUUGUUUGUCUAUGUAAAAUGAACUGGAGAGAAGGUACUGCUGGUUUGGUUCA